GGUCUUGGAUGGUCGCCAACCGACAAAUGCCAGCGAUGAGUGGACAAUGAGUGUUCAUGAGCCAGAUGAAACACUGGCUGCUGCAAUAAGUAGCACGAUACGUCACCUCACCACACCACAGCAAUCCUCGCAGUGUUCUUUCAAUUAUCUUGGUCUUCCACAAGGGCUGAGACGCCUGAUACUAUUGCAUACGGAUCUAGUAUCUCAUUGUGACAGACAGUGGAGACCUCGCAUGAACCGACCUGACAUCAGUUCGGCAGGUGCUUGCGAUUGCAAAUCAUACGGUGAACCUUUCUUCAACGAAGCAGGAUGUCGAUGCCCACCUUAUCCGUACCAACAAAGAGCUGACGAUCCACUCAAUAAUCCUUGCUGCUCGGAGUGUACAAUUGAAAGCUAUAGUUAUACUUGUUUCUGUCCAGUCGGCAGCAAUUUUCUUUCCUCGACUUGUCGAUGUUAUACUCCGCGUCAUUCAUUGUUCUCUGUCAGUCGACAGGUCAGAGAAGAUGCAAUGAAUGUCUACUAUUCGGAAAAUCGCUUCCUCAUUACCCCGUAUGGAUCUCCUCAAUACAAGGCCGUGUCGUACGAUAUGAUUCCAAUCAUCCCUCUAUCUUGGGGCAGAAUGAUCCAGACGGAACUUUCUCUCUAUCUAUCAGAAAUAUCUCGACUUGCGCUUUUGCGAAUACGGUGGAUGGAAUUGAUGCUUCCAUGGACUGGGGAACUACCAUAUAUAACACCCGUGUCGCCUGCUUGGCCUGAUUUUAUCGAGACCCUCCAUCUCAUGAAGUCUGCCAUGAGCCUCAACGCGUUGACCUUUGUUAUCUUGAUCCCUUGCGAAGCAUCUGAUUUUCUUGAGAGUGGGGAGGAACCAAAGAAUAACAAGUAUUGUGCCCUGAAUCCUCACUUGUUCAAGGCACUUAGAACACUUGGGACGGGCGGUCUGAAGGACUUUUUCGUUCACUGUAUAGCACGACGACCUGCACACAUCAAAUCUCUUCAUGAAGAACGACUGAUUGAAAGAUUCGUGAUGGGAGAAGCAUAUGAUAGCACGAAGAAAGGGAAGUUUCACUUCAGGUCGAUUGAUAAUGACGAAUACCCAGAGUAUCAAUCUACAUAAAUGCAUGGCGGCGCCCGGACAUCGCUCCUUUGACAGUCAUGGUAGUGAGUUCCGCGAUCAGCUCUUUAGCCACCGAGAACAGACCACUUUCGGUAAAUAAUUCUGGACCAUUUCCAAAGUUCUCUUUUCUCUUUCAUUUAUACUCGGUGCAUACCAGCCUAUGUCUUUGUGC